UCUCUGUCUGUGCAGGAGGAGGAGAAGGAGAAGGAGGAAAGUUAUCUCCUCCAUCUUAUUAAUGGGAUAAUAAUGUGAUUGAUUGCUCAUCUCCCCGAGGGGAAAUGGUCCUUUCUGCUUCCUGAGAGUGCAAGACUCAUCAGACAGCUCACAGCUGGAAGGAUUCCUGUCCAGGAGCUGCACGCAGACCAGGAGCGGGUUCAGCCCGGGUUUUACCCCGUUUGGAAGACGCUCUGUGCAGCUCUCAGCUCGCUCGGUGGGGGGAUUAAAGAGGAGGAGGAGGAGGAGGAGGAGGGACAGGAGGAGGAAGGGGAAUCACGGCGCUUCAGGACGGCUGAGUCCCGGUGCGAUGCAUGGAGGCUGCUUGGAAAUGCUCCGGGUCUCCGGGGCGCAUGAGGCGGUUCCAACCGCAGCACCUGGGAGAUCCGGCCGCUGAUCCGCAGCUCCACGGAGCUACAGCACCAUAGGUUCGGCUGACAGGAGCGCGACUCUGUUCGGUAAAUCCACCGGAGCCGGAGGCACCGACAGCGCUGUGAUCUGCCCUGAAGGCUGCAUCACAUCUGCGUCGCAGUGUCGGUUUGCAUCUAUGCAAUUUAGUCUGGACUUCUCAUUUCAUGAUGAGCACAGAGGAGGCAGAGGCGGGUUCAGCCUGCGGGGAGGCGAGGGGAGGCGCCGCCAUCACCCGCUGCCACACCUGGGAUGAAGGCGAGCCGCACGGCGCCCAAGGACGUCCGCACCCCGAUGAUGAAGAAGAAGAGGCAGAGCAGGGUGAGGAGGGAGAGGAGGAGGAGGAGGGAGAGGAGGGAGAGGAGGCCCGGAGCUGCGGGGGGAACAACGCGGGGAAUAUCUCCUCCAGUGAGGAUGGAGCUGUCGGGGGCAGACCGUGCAAGGCGCAGGCGAUGCAUUCAAACUGCAGCAGCGAGACCUGCAUCCCCACGCCGAGCUGCCGGAUCUGCUUCCAGGGCGCAGAGCAGGGCGACCUGCUGAACCCGUGCCGCUGUGACGGCUCGGUUCGUUACACCCACCAGCACUGCCUGCUGAAGUGGAUCAGCGAGCGAGGCUGCUGGACCUGCGAGCUCUGCUGCUACCGCUUCCACGUCAUCGCCAUCAACAUGAAGAGACCGUGGCAGUGGCAGUCCAUCACCAUCACCCUGGUGGAGAAGGUGCAGAUCAUCGCCGUGUUCCUGGGCUCUCUCUUCCUGGUGGCCAGCAUCUCGUGGCUGCUGUGGUCAGCUCUCAGCCCGCAGGCCGUCUGGCAGCGCCGUGACGUCCUCUUUCAGAUUUGCUACGGCAUGUACGGCUUCAUGGACCUGGUCUGCGUAGGCUUGAUCGUCCACGAGGGGGCAGCUGUCUACAACGUCUUCAUGCGUUGGCGUGCCGUCAACCUCCACUGGGACGUUCAGAGCUACGACAAGGCAAAGGACAUGGAGGAGACGAGCACCGGCCAUUCCUCACUGUCCCCCAGGACGCUAUGGUUGCCCCUGGUCACCUUCGGGCCCAACGGCCCCUUACACCCCACUCAGCUGGGGCCACAGCCAUGGACCUGCCUCUGUUUGGCCCCUUUCUGCCCCGGCCUGUUGCCCCGAAACAACCUCAGCCAGGACAGUGACUCAGGAGAGGUGGUCAUCCGUGUAACAUCAGUGUAACACCAGGCGGUAUUUAUGCAGGAACAAAACAUCUGAUGGUUUACACUGUGUGGAAACACCCCGAGCUUCUCUGGGCGCUUUUUAGUAUUCCACAGUCUGAUGGAGUUUCUUUUUUUUUUAAUGUUUUUCUAAUGAGUUAUAAAUGUUAGUGUGCUCUGAGGCCGGUCCUCAAAAACUAUCCCAACAGUUAGACUGACUCGUGUGUGGUGGUGUUGUGUUUUAUUCUCAGCGUAGACAGAAAUAUGAACCACAUUCACCUCCAUCCUUUCUUUUUCCAAACCCAUUGUGCAGCGUGACGGUCUAGGGCUGCAGAGUUGGCUGCACCAGGUCAAUGUGGUGCUAAAAAAA